AUGGACUGUGACGUGCCGGGAGAAGCAGAUUUUGCGGACAGGCUUCAGAAAGCUAGAGGAGUGGCACUUGUCAGGAGUGGAAAGCAGAGCCUGAACGUUAGCGAGAUUGAAUUCAAUAUGGACUGGGUGAUGAAGGGCUGGGCCCUGGAUUGGCACUCAGUUCUUAUUGCCGUCCCGGGUACACCCCUAAGCUUAGAAACCCAUUCCCGCAUUGAGACAAUGCAAGUUAAGCGCGACAGUCUAAGCGAGAUCUGCGAAUCGAAUGUUUUGGACAGCCUAGCUUUUGUAUCGGAGGCAAGUCGGAACCAAGUUCGCCCAAACCCUGGGCCGUCCCAUUGUCCAUCGCGCACAAUAUAUCCCGUAACGAUGUUGCAAGGCACCCAUGUUAACGAGUAG